CCAAGACCUAGUUUACUAGGGCUUUUGAUUGGAGACUUAUUACAGCUUAUUUCUGUCUGCCUUUCUUUAAAGCCAGCUGAACAUACCCAAUGCUCUUCCUCUAUGAACGCAGAGGAAAACUCUCGCAUCUCAAUCACCUUCUUCCGACUCUUCCGCGUGAUGCGUCUCGUGAAGCUCCUGAGCCGAGGGGAGGGCAUCCGGACGCUGCUUUGGACCUUCAUCAAGUCCUUCCAGGCUCUCCCCUAUGUGGCUCUUUUAAUAGUGAUGUUGUUCUUCAUCUACGCCGUGAUCGGGAUGCAGGUGUUUGGUAAAAUUGCGCUGAACGAUACCACAGAAAUCAACCGCAACAACAACUUCCAGACCUUCCCCCAGGCAGUGCUGCUGCUCUUCAGGUGUGCCACUGGUGAGGCCUGGCAGGAAAUCAUGCUGGCAUGUCUCCCAGACAAGAAGUGUGACCCAGAGUCGGAGCCGGCCAACUCCACCGAAGCCGAUCACUCCUGUGGCAGCAGCUUCGCCGUCUUCUAUUUCAUCAGCUUCUACAUGCUCUGUGCCUUCCUGAUCAUCAAUCUUUUUGUAGCUGUUAUAAUGGAUAACUUCGAUUACCUGACACGGGACUGGUCCAUUUUAGGACCACACCACCUGGAUGAGUUUAAAAGGAUCUGGGCAGAGUAUGACCCUGAAGCCAAGGGACGGAUCAAACACUUGGACGUGGUGACACUGCUCCGGCGGAUUCAGCCCCCACUGGGCUUCGGGAAGCUCUGCCCUCACCGGGUGGCUUGCAAACGCCUUGUCUCCAUGAAUAUGCCACUGAACAGUGAUGGGACUGUCAUGUUCAAUGCCACUCUCUUUGCAUUGGUCAGAACAGCACUGAGGAUCAAGACAGAAGGUAACCUGGAGCAAGCCAAUGAAGAGCUGAGAGCAAUAAUUAAGAAAAUCUGGAAGCGCACCAGUAUGAAGCUGCUGGACCAGGUGGUGCCCCCUGCAGGUGAUGACGAGGUGACCGUCGGGAAGUUCUACGCCACUUUCCUGAUUCAGGAGUAUUUCCGCAAGUUCAAGAAACGUAAAGAACAGGGACUGGUGGGCAAGCCCUCCCAGCGCAACGCGCUCUCCUUGCAGGCUGGUCUGCGCACACUUCACGACAUUGGGCCAGAGAUCCGACGAGCAAUUUCUGGAGACCUGACAGCUGAAGAAGAGCUAGAUAAGGCCAUGAAAGAAGCUGUUUCUGCUGCCUCUGAAGAUGAUAUCUUCCGGAGAGCCGGAGGCUUGUUCGGAAACCACGUCAGCUAUUACCAAAGUGAUGGCAGGAGCGCAUUCCCCCAGACAUUCACCACCCAGCGACCUUUGCACAUCAAUAAGUCUGGCAACAACCAGGGAGAUAACGAGUCUCCAUCUCAUGAGAAGUUGGUGGACUCCACCUUCACUCCCAGCAGCUACUCAUCUUCAGGCUCCAAUGCCAACAUCAACAAUGCCAACAACACUGCCCUGUGCCGCUUCCCCAGCCCACCCAGCUACCCCAGCACUGUCAGCACAGUGGAAGGCCACGGGACCCCUUUGUCACCCACCAUACGUGUGCAGGAGGCUCCUUGGAAACUACCUUCCAAAAGCUCCAGUUCCAGAGACAGCCAGCUGGCAAUUGUUUGCCAAGAGGAAGUGUCUCAGGAUGAGACUUAUGAUGAAAAUUUGAAUGAAGACAUUGAGUACUGUAGUGAACCAAGUCUGCUCUCUACUGAAAUGCUUGCAUACCAAGAUGAUGAAAACAGACAACUUACUCCACCAGAAAACCACAAAGGAGAGGACACCCGACACUCUCCGAAGAAAGGGUUUCUGUGCUCCUCAGCACUAGGUCGAAGAGCAUCUUUUCACUUAGAGUGUCUGAAAAGACAGAAAAACCAGGGCGUAGACGUCUCGCAGAAGACAGUUCUGCCUUUGCAUCUGGUACAUCAUCAGGCGUUAGCAGUGGCCGGCCUGAGUCCCCUGCUCCAGCGAAGCCAUUCCCCCACCAUGUUCUCUCGGCUCUGUGCUACGCCCCCCGCUACACCCUGCAGCCGUGGCUGGCCGCAACAGACCAUCCCAACUCUGCGCCUCGACGGGGCAGAGUCCAGCGAGAAGCUCAACAGCAGCUUCCCGUCAGUCCACUGCGGCUCUCAGUACACUGACAACAGCAGCUGCAGCAGCCCAAGGAGAGCCAGGCCGGUCUCCCUCACCGUCCCCAGCCAGACUGGAGGGAGCAGCAGGCAGUUUCACGGCAGCGCUGGCAGCCUGGUGGAAGCGGUCUUGAUUUCGGAAGGACUGAUGCAGUUUGCUCAAGAUCCAAAGUUCAUUGAGGUCACAACCCAGGAGCUCGCAGACGCCUGUGACAUGACGAUAGAAGAGAUGGAAAAUGCAGCAGACAACAUUCUCAAUGGUAACAGCAAGCAGAGCCCCAAUGGCAACCUCUUGCCUUUUGUUAACUGCAGGGACCCAGGGCAGGACAGUGCAGGAGAGGAAGAGGAAGAGGUGCAGAACCCGGAUUGUAGAAAAAGUCAGGAGGAGCUCAAGGACAGCAGGAUUUAUAUCAGCAGCCUGUAG